UUUCGGUAGGGACAAAAAUGUGUCGUUGAAACUUCACAUCUUGUCAUUGACGCGCUACCUCUAUCACCGGCUGUUUUCUUUCGUUGAUAUUCUCACACUUUUAUUUGCGUCUAAAAUUUUUUUUUUUAUCAUGGCUACUGCUGGAAAGGUAAUUGAAUGUAAAGCCGCUGUUGCCUGGGCAGCUAAAGAAUCAUUAUCAAUUGAAACAAUCGAAGUGGCUCCGCCAAAGGAAGGUGAAGUUCGUAUCAAGGUAGUUGCCACUGGCGUUUGUCAUACCGAUGCUUACACCCUUGGUGGUCUCGACCCAGAAGGUAUUUUUCCGGUCGUACUUGGCCACGAAGGUGGUGGUAUCGUCGAAAGCGUAGGCAGUGGAGUUACUGACUUUGCUGUCGGCGAUCAUGUCGUACCUUUAUAUAUUCCACAGUGCAAAACAUGCAAGUUCUGCCUUAGCCCAAAGACCAAUUUAUGCUCUCGCAUUCGUGAUACCCAAGGACGUGGAGUAAUGCCAGACGGAACCAGCCGUUUCACAUGCAAAGGUCAAAAGUUGUUCCACUUCAUGGGCACAUCAACAUUCUCUGAAUACACCGUUGUUGCGGCUAUUUCGCUUACCAAAGUCGAACCAUCCGCUCCAUUGGACAAGGUUUGCCUUUUGGGUUGUGGAAUUUCAACUGGAUAUGGUGCUGCUCUCAACACAGCCAAGGUUGAAGCUGGUAGCACUUGCGCUAUCUUUGGUUUGGGUGCAGUGGGAUUAGCAGUUGCCUUAGGUUGUAAGAAAGCUGGUGCAAGUCGUGUUAUCGGCAUUGAUAUAAAUCCCGACAAGUUCAAGACAGCUGAACAGUUUGGUUGUACCGAAUUCUUGAAUCCGAAAGAUUUCGACAAGCCUAUUCAACAAGUACUGGUGGAAAAAACUGACGGAGGUAUCGAUUACUCAUUCGAGUGCAUCGGCAAUGUUGCGACUAUGCGUGCCGCUCUUGAAGCCACUCACAAAGGAUGGGGUGUUUCGGUGAUUAUUGGCGUUGCAUCAGCUGGAGCCGAAAUCAGCACACGUCCAUUCCAAUUGGUUACUGGUCGUACAUGGAAGGGAACAGCGUUCGGAGGAUGGAAGAGCGUUGAAAGUGUGCCAAAAUUAGUUGAUGCCUACAUGCAAAAGGAUUUGUUGAUCGAUGAAUUCGUCACUCACAAUUUCAAGUUGGAUGAAAUCAACGAAGCAUUCCAUGUCAUGCACGAAGGCAAGAGCAUUCGUAGCAUCGUUCACUUUUAAGCCAAUCAAUUACUUUUACAAUGGUGCGGAGCACAAUGGUUUAACAAGCAAAAGGAAAUCUAUAUUUCACUAACGUACAACGUUCCAUAUCCGGCACUCGAACAAGCGGCCAAAAAUAAAUAUUCUAAAAUAUUGCAUAUGUUAUGGUAAUAAAAUAUCAUUUUUAUUUUUGAAAAAUGCA